AUGAACAACAACAAAGAAUAUAAUCUAUACGACACGUUAAGUGAAAUGCAAGUGAUUGAUGUCGACGAGAGUUACAAGGCAACAGAAGACGAGCCGAUAUACAAAGAACACCCACACUUCUGGGACAUUCUAUUUAUGCAACGUGCUCCUCAAUACAUUCAAAAGGGUCGGAAAGGGAGUUUAGAAGUCUCUGAUUUAGGUAUGCUUCCUUCCACUCUCGACGUCGAGAAGUCGUUCACUCAAAUGAUAUCAUCGUGGAAAACAGAAACAACAAAACACCCCACAAACCCUUCCCUCUUUCGUUCUUUAAUUCGAGUUGAAUGGAAGUCGUUUCUCUUCUGUUAUUUGUUUUUGUUAAUAUCUCAGUUAGGUACUUUAUUGAUCCCACUUGUCAUUCAAUUUCUUAUCAAGUGGGUCCAAAGCACCACCUUCGAAAUCUAUGUAGGAAUUCUCUUUCUCUUAGGUAUCACUAUCAUUCAAAUACUCACUUCAUUUGGUGCUCAAUUGUCAGUCAAGUGGAUUUUUGUGUUAUCUCUCCGUCUUCGCAAUUCGAUCAUCUCGAUGAUCUAUUACAAAGCCUUGCGGUUGAACGUAUUAGACAUCGAAGACACGGGAAGAUUAGUCAACUUAAUGUCCAACGACUCGAUGUUAUUUGUGGAACAACUCCCACAAGUACUUUCCGGUUCGGUAGCUCCCGUCUUGUUUCUCGUGUUAUGUGCAAUUCUAUUUGGGUAUGUCCGCCUUUGGGCCUUCAUCCCCAUCAUCCUCUGUCUUCUCUUUGUAUUCGCCAAUUUACUUUCAAGUCAAGUGAUUGGGUACUUCUAUAAUAAGAGUCAAAGGCGAAUAGACAAGCGUCUGGGCUUCUUCAGUGAAAUCCUCAAAAACGUCAAAUUUGUGAAGUACAAUGCAUGGGAGAAUGCAAUGGAAAAGAAACUCGUGGCAUUGCGAAGAAGCGAGUUGCUUUCGAUCUUUGGGACAUUAUGUGGACGAUCCUCUGUAGUCACUUUAAUGCUGGAACUCUCUCCGUUUCUUGCUUUUGCGUUGUUUCUGUCUUUCAUUAUAACAAAGAAGACUUUGGACGUGAGCGAAGUCUUUUCGUUGAUUUGUUACUUUAAUUGCAUUCGAUACCCAUUCAUGAAUUUCGGCUAUUUCGUCGCAGCUGUUUUGACCUUUAAAAUAGCAAUCAAACGACUUCAGAAGUAUUUCAUGAUGCCAGAGCUCCACCCCAGUGACGAGAAUUCGUCUUUUAUUAAUACAGUUGCAGUAGAUUUUGACAAUGUCGAGUAUCACUUUCCAGAUGGUCAAACGGCGUUUAGUUGUGACAAAUUAGAAAUAGAAAAAGGGGAAUUAGUCUGUGUGUUAGGAAGUGUUGGGUCCGGAAAGACUUCAUUUUUAUUGUCUUUACUUGGAGAACUCGAUAAAACAAGUGGAAAGUCACAAACACGAGGACAAGUGACUUAUGCAAGUCAAACGGCUUGGCUGAUGAACACAACCAUUCGAGAAAACAUAUGCUUCACUAAACAAUACGACAAACAGAAGUUUGAGAAGGCGUGCGACUGCGCUUGUUUAAAACACGACUUAGAAAUUUUGCAAGGAGGCGAUUUAUAUGAGAUUUCAGAAAGAGGAGCUAACUUAUCUGGAGGUCAGCGGCAAAGAGUGUCUCUUGCCAGACUUUUCUACAACUCCGGAGAUGUCGUACUUUUGGAUGACCCUCUCAGUGCAGUUGACUUUGAGGUUGGGAGUUACAUAUUUGAAAAAGGUAUAGAAGAUUACUUAGACCAUAAGACACGAAUAAUAGUGACAAAUCAGACGUAUUUUAUUGAUAAAGCUGACAGGAUUAUAGUCAUUAACAACAAGAAAAUGGUGUUUAAUGGAUCGAUUGAUGAAUUAAGAAACAGCGAUUUAGCUGAAGCCGAAGUUGUUAAGAGUGUCACCAAAAACAAAGAAACGUGCAAGAAGAAAAGUAUUAUAACAAAGCCACAAGACGUUUCAGCCACACAAACUGAAGAAGAGAAGCGCGAAAUAGGUGGAGUUUCCUUUAAAACGUAUUUAGAGUACUUUGUGUCUGGUGGAUUUGUACUCUUCACGUUUGUCUUUUUAACGUCGCUCAUUCGGUGUGGGUUCAGACUGUGUUAUUUCAUCUUUUUGAUACAAUGGACGAACACAAUUAACACUACUCUUCCACAAGGAGAGGUUAUUUGGUUUUAUUUGAACUCGAUAUCUAUUGGUGCUGGCAUUGUCGCGACUUAUUUCUCGAUGAUUUCAAUUUCAAUAUUUGGUUUGGUGUCUUCCAAAGUUCUCCACUGGAAGAUGGUGAGAAAUUUGAUGAGGACGUCGUUGUCUUAUUUUGAUGUUACACCGCUUGGGAGACUUUUGAAUUACUUUUCGCGCGACUUGCGAUUUGUCGACUUCAAUUUGCCGGUCCAAUAUGAAAUGUUUAUUGGACAGGGGUGUGAGAUUCUCUCUUGUUUUAUAGUCAUUUGUGUCUGUUCUUACUAUCUCGUCAUUGUCGUUGUAUUCUCGAUUAUUGUGUUCUUAAUAUUUCACACGUACUUUGUGCGCUCUUCAAUUGAGAUGCAAAGAAUAGAAGGCAUAUCUCGAUCCCCUAUAUUCAUUCACUUUGACCAGACCUUAAGUGGUUUGACUACUGUAAGAAACUAUAAAGCACAAGACACGUUCAUUCAGUCGAUUAACAAGAAGUUGAAAAACAACACAUUGGCGUAUUACACUUUACAAAUGGCAAUUUCGUGGUACUCCCAACGCCUCGACUGGCUUGGGAUCUUUGUAUCAAUGUGCACUCUUAUAGUGAUCGUCGUCUUAAAAAUUCAAAAUGACAUCCAAACGGGUGCUGCUGGUGUCGCGUUAAUGAACGUGGCACUUUUAGGUACGCUCGUCUCUCGAUUUUCUCAAAACAUAUUACAAGUCGACAUCACAAUGCAGUCUGUCGAGCGACUUUUGACACUAAAAGACAUAUCAGAGGAAGAGCCCAAAUCCAAAACACUUCGUUAUCAAGAAAUUAAACCAAAUUGGCCAUCCAAUGGAUCAAUCGAGUUUCGCAAUUAUGGGUUCAGAUAUCGAGACACUUUACCACCAGUGUUACAGGCUGUUUCCGCUCGUAUCCAACCCAAAGAAAAAAUUGGGGUUGUGGGGCGUACGGGGAGUGGUAAAUCGACAUUGAUGGCUGGGAUAUUUAGAAUUAAUGAAGCGCUUGAGGGGAGUAUUGUUAUCGACAAUGUCGAUGUAUCGGAGGUACCUCUUCACACACUACGGAAGCGUGUUUGUAUAUUACCGCAAGAAGCCACGAUGUUCAGCGGUACCAUUCGUGAUAAUAUGGAUCCAGAAAACACCAAAACUGAGGAUGAAAUUACUCGUGUGUUAAAGUUGGUGAACAUUGACAAACCACUCGACUAUCUCGUCACUGAAAAUGGUGAGAACUUUUCUUUAGGCGAAAGACAGAUGAUUUGCAUCGCGCGUGCGUUAUUAAGAGGAGCAAAGAUCUUAAUAAUGGACGAAGCUACAGCAUCAAUAGACAUACAGACAGACAUAUUGAUACAAGAAAUGGUCCGAAAGAACUUUGUUGAUUGUACAGUACUAACUAUUGCUCAUAGACUUCAUACCAUUAUGGAUUCCAAUCGAGUCAUGGUAUUCGAUAGUGGCAAAUUAGUUGAAAUGGGAACGCCUCUCGACUUAUACAACAUCAAGGAGUCUAUUUUCCACAACUUAGUGAAGAAGUCUGGGUGUGAAAAUGAACUCAUUCAAUUAGCCAAAGGUGAGAAGUCGAUCGCAGAGACUUUAAAAAGCACAAAACAAGAAGAAAAAUGA